AUGAAAAGAAAUUUCUUUCACAGGCUUAUUCCUUCCACUUUCAGUUCACUAAGGAGUCUUGAAGUUUUAGAUCUUUCUCAUAAUAAGUUGUUAGGUAUGGUUCCAAAGUACUUGGAAGGCUUUGCCUUGAAACCCUUAAACUUGUCGUUUAAUGAUUUUGAAGGUGCCCUUCCAGAAAGAUACAUCUUUGAGAAUGUGAGUGUAAUUUCUUUGGUUGGAAAUCCUAGAAUCUGUGGUGGUGUACCUGACUUGAAACUUCCCAAUUGCAACUUCAGUCAUUCAAAGAAGCUAAACUUAAAGCUUAUGAUCUCAGUGAUAUUUGGAAUUUUGGGUAUUCUAAAAGUUACCAAUGGAUUUUCUGCGAGCAACUUAAUUGGUGUUGGGAGUCAUGGAUAUGUUUAUAAGGGAAUUUUCGAAAUGGAUGGUAAACAUGUUGCUAUAAAAGUAUUGAAUCUUUUACAACAUGGAGCUAUCAAAAGUUUCAUAGCAGAAUGUGUGGCCCUGAGAAUUGUUAGACGCCAAAAUUUAGUUAAGCCACUCACUGCAUGUUCUGGUGUUGAUUAUGGUGGCAACGAAUUCAAGCCUUUGGUUUACGAGUUUAUGGCCAACAGUAGUUUGGAGGAUUGGUUGCAUCCAGAUAAUUCAAGAGCAAAUGUUCAGCCAAGAAGGUUGGGGUUCUUUCAACUACUCAAUAUUGCUAUUGACGUUGCUAGUGCAAUCGAUUAUCUUCAUAAUGAUUGUCAAAUAUCAAUAGUUCAUUGUGAUCUCAAACCUAACAAUAUUCUCCUCAACAAUGAAUUAGUUGCCCAUGUUGGGGAUUCUGGAUUGUCAAGAUUCCUACAUCUUACUGAUGAAACCACCUGUAGAAUUCAUACAAGUUCUACAACUUUUAAAGGAUCUAUCGGCUACAUAGCUCCAGAGUAUGGGAUGGGUAGCGAUCCAACAAUGCAUGGUGAUGUGUAUAGUUUUGGUAUUGUCUUACUUGAAAUGUUAAUCGGGAAAAGGCCAACAAAUGACAUGUUCGGUGGUGAUUUAAGCCUUCAUGAUUUUGUUAGGAAUCACAUGGCUGAUGGAUCACUUGAAAUAGUAAAUCCAGUCCUUGAUUUGGAAGAGGAAGAGAUAAAUAGAGAGAGCUCUCGAAUUCUAAGAUUCAUGAGAAGGCAAAAAAUGGUACAGGGUUUAAUCUCCUUGUUUCAAAUUGGAGUUGCUUGCUCGGAAUUGGAGUUGCUUGCUCAAUGUAUGAUUCAGGUAAAAUAAAAAACAUCAGGGAGGUUGUUAGAGAGUUGUGCUCUAUUAGAGAUUCUCUUGUUCGUUGCACAUGAAACACUUUUUUUGUUUAUGUUAUAGAAGGUUCCAAUAAAGCAUUCUUGUGAAUAAUAUGAAUGUAUAGUUUGCUUAUUUAACUGAUA